GCAGGCUGCCAGCCAGCCCCGGGAUGGAGGCAACGGCAGCAGCUCCUCUGGCCAGCCGUUGGCGGCGUCGCCGGAGACGGCGGCCAAGGGAUGUGCUUUCUAAAUGAAACAGCGUGGGAUGAAAUGUAUGGAUCUGUAAACAGUGGCUGCAGAGAGAACAUGCUGAUUCUUCCUUCACUCAUGAAGCCUACGUCCAUGGACAUAGACUUUCUCAAGAAAGUUUCUUGGGAUGGAAGAAUGUGCUUCUACUGGACUACAUGCUAUGAGGUAAAUGUUGUGCCUGGCGAUCCUCCUCAGACCCACUAGCCAUGCCAGGGAUUGUGGUGUUCCGGCGUCGCUGGUCUGUGGGCAGUGAUGACCUUGUUUUGCCAGCCAUCUUUCUCUUCGUCCUUCAUACCACAUGGUUUAUAAUCCUUUCUGUUGUGCUGUUUGGACUGGUAUACAAUCCCAAUGAGACCUGCUCUCUCAACCUGGUGGACCAUGGCAGAGGCUACCUGGGCAUUUUGCUCAGUUGUAUGAUCGCUGAAGUCGCAAUCAUCUGGCUCAGCAUGCGUGGCAGUAUUCUGUACACAGAACCCCGGGACUCAAUGCAAUAUGUACUCUACGUUAGACUGGCCAUCUUGGUGAUUGAGUUUAUCUAUGCUAUUGUGGGCAUUGCUUGGUUAACCCAGUACUACAGCUCCUGCAAUGAUGUUACUGCCAAAAGUGUCACUUUGGGAAUGGUGGUCUGCAACUGGGUUGUGAUUCUGAGUGUCUGCAUCACUGUCCUAUGCGUCUUUGACCCAACAGGCCGAACCUUUGUCAAACUGCGGGCCACAAAGAGGAGACAACGUAACUUGAGGACAUACAAUUUGAGACAUCGCUUAGAGGAAGGGCAGGCUAGCAGUUGGACCCGACGGCUUAAAGUUUUCCUUUGCUGCACACGAACAAAAGAUUCUCAGUCAGAUGCUUACUCUGAAAUUGCAUAUUUGUUUGCUGAGUUUUUCCGAGAUCUCGACAUAGUUCCAUCCGAUAUCAUAGCAGGCCUAGUACUACUACGUCAGCGGCAGAGGGCAAAACGGAAUGCAGUACUAGAUGAGGCAAACAAUGAUAUCCUGGCCUUCUUAUCAGGAAUGCCGGUAACCAGGAACACUAAAUAUUUGGAUCUGAAAAACUCACAAGAAAUGCUUCGUUACAAAGAAGUCUGUUACUAUAUGCUCUUUGCACUGGCUGCUUAUGGCUGGCCAAUGUACUUGAUGAGAAAGCCUGCUUGUGGACUCUGUCGACUGGCUAGAUCUUGCUCAUGCUGUUGUCUUUGCCCUGCUCGACCCCGGUAUGCCCCUGGUGUCACUAUCGAGGAAGAUAACUGCUGUGGCUGCAAUGCUAUUGCCAUCCGUCGCCACUUUCUGGAUGAAAAUAUGGCCUCUGUGGACAUUGUAUAUACUUCAUGUCACGAUGCGGUCUAUGAAACUCCCUUCUAUGUGGCUGUAGAUCAUGAGAAAAAAAAAGUGGUUAUCAGUAUCCGAGGAACUUUGUCUCCAAAGGAUGCACUGACUGAUCUGACUGGAGAUGCCGAGCGCCUCCCAGUGGAAGGGCAUCAUGGAACCUGGCUUGGGCACAAGGGAAUGGUGCUGUCUGCUGAGUAUAUAAAAAAGAAAUUAGAGCAGGAAAUGGUGCUUUCCCAGGCCUUUGGUCGUGAUUUGGGCAGAGGAACAAAGCAUUAUGGCCUCAUUGUGGUUGGGCAUUCCUUAGGAGCAGGCACAGCUGCCAUUCUGUCUUUUUUGCUCCGUCCACAAUACCCAACUCUAAAGUGCUAUGCUUACUCUCCCCCAGGUGGACUUUUGAGUGAGGAUGCCAUGGAGUAUUCCAAAGAGUUUGUGACUGCAGUUGUUCUGGGUAAAGACCUAGUCCCCAGGAUUGGCCUUUCACAGCUGGAGGGAUUUCGCCGACAGCUACUUGAUGUUUUGCAGAGAAGCACCAAACCAAAGUGGAGAAUCAUUGUGGGUGCAACAAAAUGCAUACCCAAGUCUGAGCUUCCUGAAGAACCCGAAGCAAAUUCGGUGACCAGUAACCGCCUCUGGACUCAUCCCAGUGACCUGACUAUCGCCCUGUCUGCUAGCACACCACUCUACCCUCCUGGUCGCAUCAUCCAUGUGGUACACAAUCACCCAGCUGAGCAGUGCUGCUGCUGUGAUCAGGAAGACCCAACAUAUUUUGCCAUUUGGGGAGACAACAAAGCAUUUAAUGAAGUGAUAAUUUCCCCAGCGAUGCUUCAUGAACAUUUGCCAUAUGUAGUAAUGGAGGGUCUUAACAAGGUCCUGGAGAAUUACAACAAGGGCAAGACAGCUUUGCUUUCUGCAGCCAAAGUGAUGGUGAGUCCUACAGAGGUGGACCUCAACCCGGAGUUAAUCUUCCAGAAUCAACCCCUGCCUAGUAGACCUUCUGUGCAGAUUGGAAUUGGAGAAAUAGCAGUGGACAGAAGGAACAGCAGUGCUAAGAGUAAGCCUCACACUGAAAUCAAUUUGGAAGGGUUUUAUGAGACCAAGCUUCUGUCUCCAGUGCAGAAGGAUCCUGUGGAGAUCCUGCUUCUCGAUACCAAGGAGCGCCUUUCUGUAGAACUGCAGGACCGGCGUGCUCCUCUUGCCACAAUGGAGAGCCUGUCUGAUAACGAAUCCAUCUACAGCUUUGACUCAAGGCGUUCCUCUGGUUUUCGUAGCAUCCGUGGCUCACCCAGCCUCCAUGCAGUCAUGGAAAAAGAUGAGACUCACUGUUUUUAUAUUGAUCCAGCAAUCCCUGAGGAGAACCCUUCUCUGAGUUCACGGACAGAGCUGCUUGCUGCCGACAGCCUUUCCAAACACUCACAGGAAACUCAGCCUCCCGAGGCCAUGCCCAACAGCGGAGGCACCACUCCUCAGCGGCAGUGCAGUGAUGAAGAGGCUGGCAGUGAUACUGACCACAUUUCCUUCACUCCUCGGGAGGAAUUGUCCCUUCAUAAUGGGAGGCUCAGUGAUGACCCUAGUCCACAAGUAUUGGAGUUUGCAGAGUUUAUAGAUAGCCUCUUUAACUUGGAUAGCAAAAGCAGUUCCUUUCAGGACAUCUACUGCAUGAUGGUAUCAGACAGCACCAGCGAUUUUGCCGAGAUGCCCAAGUCUGUCAGUGAUCAGGAGAUCCUGCUAAGAGCACAGUAUGAACCCAACUUAGUUCCAAAGCCCCCCAGGUUAUUUGCAGGCUCAACAGAUCCUUCCUCAGGCAUAUCGGUUUCUCCUUCUUUCCCCCUGAGUUCUUCUGGAGAGCUAAUGGACAUUACACCUACCGGCAUGAGUAGCCAGGAAUGCCUGGCCACUGACAAAAUCCGGACUUCCACUCCCACUGGCAAUAUGACCAGCCCUGCCAAACAUGAGGACCUUGUUAUCUCAGCCCUUUAGUAGAGGAGGUGGGGAACUAGCUACUACCAUACAGUGAGUCAUGGGAUAACAUUUAGAGGAGCUGGUCACUUGACUAGUGAGAGUUGGGGAAAAUAUGUAGGGAUGGGUGGUGACCCUUCCUAGGUGCUACAUUAAUGGCACCAAAAGAAUGUCAGCAUGAAGGAUGCUGUAACUUGGGUCAUGUUCUUAAGUUAGGGAGCAAAAUCACUGCCUAACACAGCCUGCUGCUUUUUGAGGGCCUUGUUAAUUGAAGUUAGAGGGUUGGUUUCCCUACCUCAGCAUAUUUGUUCAACAAGAAGGCAGAUUCCCUGCCUUUACUGCUGAAAUUAGGAUGUUACUGCCCAUAAGCUAGAGAACCAGGAUUAUUGAAGCUGACGGGUCAGAUAAUGUUCCUAUAAUCUUGGCAAAAUGAAGGAAAUUGUGACUUUGAGCCCUAUUGCACUAGCAUGUCAUGUUUGACCCAAGCACUUGUUCUGGUUGUCAUCCUUGUGAUAUAAUAUUAUUUCUGAUUAGGCACACUCUCCUGUUUUAUAGCCAUUAAGCUGUGUUCCAGAGGAAUGCAGCCACCCUCCUCCCAACCUUGACUGGGUGCAGUGAGAAUUGGGAUGGGGCUGCAUGUGUUGCUCCCCAAUUCAAUCUGUGUUCAGUGAUAUACCAGACUUCUUCUGAGAAGAAAGUAGGUACAUAUGCAGGAGAGCUAAAGGUCAUUCCCACAUUUCCUCACCCACUGGAGGGGUGAAAGGUCACCAUUACAAAUCACAAUGAGCUAGUGACAAUCUUGCUCGCUGACAUAAUUUUCAUCUCUCUUUGCAUGGACUGAUUGGUUUAAACUAGCUUUUCUUAUUCAAGACGCUUGCCGAUGUCCUUCAUUAUUCCCUGUAUACUUGUGUCCAGAACUAUUUUGUCCCUAUUCAUGACUUUUCACUAAUCUGUGGUGUCAUGGCAGACCAAACCUGGUCUGUCCCUGAGUUCAGGGAAAAGAUGGACUUUUACUGCAUGUUGAAGUCUCAUGUAUGUUUACAGAGCUAUUAAGCAUUUUAGGAGGUAUUUAUUUAAGCAGAUGGGAAAUUCCUGUCUUGAAAAACAUUCUCUCUGCUCCUUUGCAUCCCUCCCUCCCAAGAAAACAAUGGGAUGGGCACGAAAAAGUGUAAUUUCUAUUCCUUAUUUGAGAGUAAGGACAUAGUGUCUCUGUGUAUGCAUCCCUUCAGUCACUAUCCAUAUUAGGGGCUUCUCAACAUCGCCCAAGAGUUCCACAGCAGUUCAUGGAGUUGCAUCUCAACCCCUUGUCCUGGAACUUGGUGCUCAUGACUAAGAGAACUGCAGUAGUCACGAUGGGAUGUUGUCACUGUGUAAAAUCACAGGUAUUUUUCAUUGGCAAAUGUAGGAAUGAAAGAAUGUUAUUCAUACUGUGAUUGACCAUCCUCAUAUUGUACUUAAUAUCAUAACACGUCGGAAUGUGGUAAUGAUGCGAAGGAAAACGCUUAUUACAGGUCUGUUUCUGGGCUGUGCACAACUAACUAGCUAUGCAUCACUGCCCCUUGGGUAUGGCCUUGAUCCACUCCCCUAGCUUUGCAGCCUCAGGUCACAAAGCAGAGUGCCAAAACAGAGGGGGCUCUCCUGUUCCUGUGGAGUACCAGUAAAUAGCUGGCGUGCAAUGUGUGGCUUUGAGACUUAGAAGGAUUUCUGCUUUUUAGGUAACUAAAAGUGCCAUUGUGUGCAUAUCUACCUGGACGCAAGCCCAACUGCAUUCGUUCAGUGGGACUUUACUUGCCAAUAGGUUGGUUAAAAUUACAGCCUUAGUUCAGUUACCCAAGGAGAUUCCAAAAUCAAAUUGUUGUUUUACCUAUUUAACAGUUCUAUGCUCGCUUAGAGGGAUAUCAGGCUUUAUUAAACUCUGGAGAUUUCCUGGUGGGUAAGCAUACAUUGAACUGGGCUGCAGAUUUGGGUGUGUAAAUCAAUGGAUCCAUGUUGUAUUAUAUAAAUGAUCCUACAGUAUGACAGGGUGUUAGUAAAGUGAGAACGUAUUAAUUUAAAUACCGGUGUUAAAUAUGAAAACAUAAGGGUCAAUCCCCUUUUCUGCCUUGAAGUCAUAAUUUGUUGGAGACACAAAAGUUUUCAUUUAUGAAAUCUUAGUUUUCAAAAUGUUAAUUUUAUUAUUUCGAAUUUAAUGUUUUAAAGGUUCAGCUUUUAAAUGUCCCCUUAUUUUUAAAAGUUUUGCAGUAAGGAAGAAUUACUUCCCUCUUCUGAUCAUCUUUUUUAAAAUGGACAUGUGUUUUGUUAAAGAAUUAGGUACUGUAUUUAUAGUUGGUAAGUUGGCUCAUUUAAUGGUAGAGGUUAGUUCCAAUGAGGCUGAUAAGACAGCCUUCUUCACUGAAGACACAGUGGAGAAAUGUGAAUGGCUCAAAACAGCUUCAGAAAAAUGUUUAGAUCUUACAUUUUUGAAGAGAGCACAAAAUAAAUGGCAAAUUUUCUAAUGAAAUGAAGGAAGAUGUGGUUGUUGCUGAGUUUAAGUUGCAAGUGCUUUGUGGUAGAAUAGAGUGACCGAAUGGGGUUUUCUGCUUGGAGAUCUAUAACAAUCCAAGCAGUCUGUUAGUUUUGCAGGUUCACAGCCUUGUGAAUGAUCCAGUGCUAAUAAUUAGCACCCAGGGAGCGCUUUAAAUUUCAAAGCACUUUAUAAAUACAUUGAAUGAAGCUUCCCAAUGCUUGUGGGUCAUGAGCAUGUGGGUGGGGAAAGGGUAGGGGUGUGUGAACAUGUAUGUGUGUAUGCAUGCAGCUUAUCUACUGUAUUUCUGGAUGGAGGUAGCACUAUAUCCAAAAAUCUAGCCAGGCUAUUUGAAGGCAGUUUCAUACCUUAUUAGAUUUAGUUUAGGCUUGAACUGUCAAGCUAUUAAGAAUCCCGGGGAGUUGAUGCAGCUUUGCUUGGAGAUAUAUUAAUUUGUUCUCUCAGUAGUGGUCAGAUUGUGAUUGAUGAAUUAAGCUAUUGCACUAAAGUAUCACGCCUGACCUGAGCAGCAGUUCAAAGUCAUUUCAUGGGGUUCCCUUCUUCCAUGUCAGUGUCCAAGAAAAAUCAAGACAACCGUAAUUCUGUUUGCUCAGUUUACCUGUGUGUUGUGUAAUAAUAGGGCUGUUGCUCAGAAGGAAAAUACACAAAUUCUGAGGACUAACACUUUUGCACUGACUAAAUUAAAAUAGAAGUUGACUUGGAACAUCUAUUUGCUACACAACAUUAUAGUAUCCUGCCUGUCCUAUUUACCAUCUCUUAGCCUUUAUUCUUUCUAUAUAUAAAAAAAUAUUUCAACAUUUCUCCAAUACACCUUGGAUUCCUUCCUUUUUGUAAACACAUAUCCAUUCCAGUUAUAGGAAACAGCUCAAAAAGCACAUGUUGCUGACACAGAAGUUCUUCCAGAUGCAUGGCUUCUAGUGCUAUCAGUUCAAUAGUACUGUGCAGCUAUUCCAUACUUCUUUUCUUUAAAUAGAUGGAAGUAGUAGUGCGAAAACUUACAAUUUUACAGAUUUUGUGUUACCUGGACCUCCUGUCAGAUUGACCUGAUCAGUCAGUUGCAGUGUAAAAGCCUCAUCCAGAAGCAUCCAUCCACCCUGGACUCACUUUUCAGCUUCAUGCCUAAACACCUUACUACCUCUUUCAGCCACGCCCCAUCCUAGGCUUAUCAUGUUGAUUCUCUUUGUACUCUGAUGGGUUUGUUUUUGGUCUCUUCUGAGGUUUGAAAGCCACUGCCAUCUGAUUACUCUUUAAACUCACCCAAGAUCACUGGGUACUGAAUUUAAGAUGGGAUUGCACCAUACUGCUAAAGGCUUGGAACAGAGUAAGCCAACUAAUUCACACUCAGAGGCUGUGUUUUUAGAGCACUUUAAAAUAAAAAUGUGUCAUCAAAAGCAGUUCCCAUUUCUAAUUCUGUCAGGGUAACCAUCCUUCUUCAAACUUCUCUGUUCUCCUUAUUCAUCUUUUUAUUCCCUUAUUUCAUUAUCCUUAUUCCAAAAUGCUCUAUUUCUUUGCUUCUGACCUUUUGUCCUAGUUAUCACUGAGGGCAUCUCAUUGGUCAAAAUAUUUGCUUUCAUGUACCCAGUCUUUACAUUUCAAAGUGAAAGGUUUUCUCCAAGCGAAUGUUGUUGCUGUGUGUUGUUUUAGCACUCAAAUUAUAGCAUGUUGCAGUGGUAAAACAUGGUCCCUCUGGCAUAGUUAUUUUGAUUACCAGGUUCAGUUCAGUUGCAGAAGCCUCUCAGAUAUCUGUGGAGUAGUACUUGCAAGAAGCACACAAUUCCCCUUUUGCCUUUUUGGAAAUGUCUAGAGUGGUUGGAGGCAUUUAGCUCUUCCUAGUCUACAGCUGCACUGCUAAAGCAAUUGCUCUUGGACAGGAUAUGCAUACAAGAAGACACACAAUUCAAAAAUAAGCAAGACAGGUCUACAUCAUAGUGCUUUACUAAUACUCCCAUUUCCAUAAACCUUAACUGUUUUUCUUUUUUAAAAAAACUUGCUGUGUGCUUUCUCACAUUUCAGAGCCAACCCUAAAUCAUUCAUCCAGAGCAGUUCACAUAAAAUGGGUUGUGAUGGACAGCAGUUUAGGAUUUGCAUAUGAAAAAUGCUUAAAGAUACAAUCCUGCAUAAUUCAUCCUGUGAGGCUGCCUUAUAGAGAACUUUGUUAUAGUACCAGUCCAUCCAUCCCAAAAUGGCCUGCCUUAGUGAUGGCUCUUCAGUGCCUUAAGCAGAGUUUUUCUGCCCAAUAUCCUUUCUAAUUGGAGAUGCCAAGGACUGAACUUGCCUAUAGAUGAAGUGUCUAUUCUACCACUGAAUUCUGGCUCUUUAUAAAUCCUUUAUUUGAUAUCUGUAUACCCUUUGACUGAAACUAUAAAUAUCUUAAUUUUUUUCAAUGGAAAUUUAGGCUUUCUUGCCUUGUAGCUCUAAAUAACCUAGUAAGCAGUAUAUUUGUUUAUCAAAGACUUGAUCUUGACUGCCGACAUGAUGGAAAUCUGCAGCUACUUUUACAAUCCGUUCAGUGGUGUGCCUUGUUUGUCAUUGAAAGGAAAAGCAUUUUAUAUUUUUGGUUACUUGUUCUCCUUGUUUCCUACACUAAAUUAAAAAUCUCUUUAGCAUCAAAUACUCUGUUUUGGGAAGAAUUUCUGUGCUGUUUAAGGUCAUUCUUUGACAUUGUUUUCACUUGUCACCACUGAAAGUCUGAAGUGGCCCUACAAUACAUCCUCAUAAGAUAUAGUAACAUUUUAAUAUGGGCCAAAGACAGAGCAGUUACUUCCUAUCAUACUGAGGGUUUCAAAAAUUUUCAGUCCCAAAAUUGUUACCAAAAUUUGAAUAAGUUAUGAGAGCAAGAAAAAUUAUAUGGAUAAUUUGCGGGAAAACAGACUUUUGUACUCCACUCCCUUUUGACUCAUUGAUAAAUAAGACAAGAAAUAUGUGUGUGUUCCAGCUACAAGUCGUCCUUUUACCCUCAGAAGGCAAUGUCAAUAGACUUAACUAGAAGUAAACUUAAGUGAGCACUGUGAGACCUAAAGUAAACCCAGCAUAAGGUUGUUCUGUAUGAGAUCUAAUAUUUUAAAGGGGUAGCCAUUUCAUUCUGUUUUCAAUUAAAAUGAAAAAGUGAAGAGGAAUGAAAUAAUAAAAACACUUUAGAGACUGAUUUAUUUUAUCAUGAAAUUCUGUGGGUAUCAGUCCACUUCUUUGGAUGCACAGCUUGUUGCUUGUUCUCCUCUUAUGUAGGUAGGUGUAAAAUGCUAUUGCUUUUAGUUCUAAAUUGCUGAAAUUCUCAUUGCUCUUUUACAUAUCUGUGACUCUUAUAUCUUUCUUUGUCUCUCUGGUUCUGUUUCAUAGUCUGUCCCUGACUCUGUUUUCCAGCUUUACUUACAUGCAUUAUUUUCAUUCUUUCUGCCAUUGUUUUGGCUGAUCAUACAGGGAAUAAAGUUCUCUUGAUUUUGUUUUUACACUUAAACUUCCAAAGCUGAACUUUUACAUGUCUUGAUAAUAUCCCUUUGCCUCUCUUAGUCAGAGCAUCCUAUCAAACAAAUCCUUAUUUGACAACUCCUAAAACUGAGUACAGAUUGAAGGUAUAAUUCCUUUGAAAAAUACAUCCAUUCUAUGCACUAGUUGUUUUUUAAAAGCAUAACAUGUGACAUAGCUCUUUAUGUACUAGCAUGAUGUUGUAAAUGGAUAUAUGUAUAUAAUUUUGUUCAUCCAUUUCCAUCUCAUUCAUAAUCUCCUUGAUUUCCCCCUUGCUGCAUAUGCACUUGAGUUAUGCCUGUGAUAGUUGCUAUGUAAAGGUACUUUCUAGUUACCUGUCAUACUCAUGGCUUUAAACUUAUCCCACAUCACUGAAGUCAAGCAGAAUUACCUUUACAGCAUAGCAAGACUGAGACAAAAUUGUGAGAUAUAAAAAAAAGUAACAAAAGAAAGAAGUUACCCAACUUGCCAAUUGUGUGUGUAAGAGCUGUGAAUAAACAAGUACUUCUGCAGUCUGGUGAUAUAUUAUUGGAAAUGUAUUAUCAGUGUACUACAGUUAGAUUUGUCUUAUCAGUGUGUGAUAAGGCUGGACAUAAUACUCAUGUAUUUGGUUAUGCUAUGCUUUUUCUCUAAAAUCUAUUGCUCAUUUGGAUGUAUUUUCUCUCAUUGUGUGAUGAAAGAGUUAGAAGAUUAAUUUUCACUCGUUUGGGAACCUUUUCUUUCUCCUAAAAACAUCUGUGACUUUCAACAAGAUUUUCUCAAUGCCUUGAAAUUGUAAGCCUUCAGAUACUCUCAACACAUCCAUGUUGCAAGUUGAAAUAACUUCUUUCUUUUGUUGCUUUUUCAUAUAUCACAAUUUCUUAAGCUGAUGCCCAACAAAAUCCAAUACUAAGAUAAUUAGGAGUGCACUACAAAUAUUUCUACUGUUCUGUGAAAAAAGGGCAAUGGGAUGAUAAUGGUAGGGAUCUUUUCAUGGGGAAAAAUGUGCUCAUUACUUGGUCUUGGGUCUGGCUCAUUUCUUGGUGUAUCCAGCUAAAGGAUCUAAGGCCAGCGGUGCUGCAAAAGCCCUAUACCAGAAACCCUUAAGGGUAUUACUGCCUUUCAGAGUAAGCCAACAGUGGUCUGACUCCAUAUAAAUUACUAUCUAUUUGUGGUAUUUUUGUACCACUCAUAGACAGGUUCUAUGGGUGGUUUAUUUGGGAAUACUGCAAACCAUGAAAUAUAAAAGCAUUCAAAAUAAAGAACAGAUUAAAACUGUCUCAUGAUAAAAACAUUUACACAGAGUUCAGUUGUGCCAAAGGCCUUAAAAAGCACUAAAAUAUGAUCAGGAAAAAAGGUCACCUGAUGCUGAAAAAAAUGACAGUGUGAGGAAGUAAGCCUCUUUGAAAGAGGACAUUCCACAAUCAUGGUGCUACCUCUGAAAAGGCCCUUCACUUAGUAGCAACCCAUCUCAUAUAUCAGGUACAUCCACAUAAGGGCCUUUGAAAAUGCUCUUAUAAUUGGGGCGUACUCAUGGGAGGGGACUAUCUUUUUGAUAACCUGGCUGUAAGUCAUUUAGAAUUUCAAAUGUUGAUAUCAGCACUUUCAAUUAGGGCUGGAAACAGAGCACCGCCUUCUACCAUAGACCUUUGCCAGCUUGCAGGGCAGAGUGUCUCCCUUCCAAAAAGGGAGGAAAGUACAUUAAUUGUGUGUCUUCUGUGCUUUGGGCCAUCGUGACUGCGAGGCACCCCAGGGAUUCUGACAGUGUUCCAGGAGCAAUAGAUGGGUGUAGUAAGGUCUGCAAAAAAAGGCUGGGGACCACAAUACUUCUUGUCUCCACCUACAAUAUCUUAACAUAUAUUUCAGAUUUGAUGUAUCUAUUAUUAGAUGAAGAUACCAUGAAUAAAUUAUAAUUCAGCAGGUUGUGAUCAGUCACUGGAGAAGCAGUGAACACGAUACAUCAGAAAAGAACUACAAUGCACAUUGACUACAUACGGACUGUUCCUGAGAUAUUGCUGCAUCACUUCGGUGUUUUAUUUGGUUUUUCACUGUAACUCACUCUUCUGUUGUGCCUUUGUUUCUUUUGAGAUGCAAAUAAAUAAAAGGACAAAGCGACCUAGGUCCUGCCCCAAGCAAGUGGAGGGAUAAUACUCCAUCCAUAAAGUUACAUAUCCUACUCCCACACAUGCUUUUUUUUUUUUUUUACAUUUUAGGUGGGACACAAGAGGCUAUCCACUGACCCUCUGUGCCUUUUCCACUCCCACCCCUUCCCAAAAAAUAACAAAAGGUUAAGCCCCAAGAGGGAGCCACUUCUGACAUUUCUUCUUAUGAAUGGGGCAGGAAUAAAGCAGAUAGGCAAAUGAAUUGUUGAUAAAUGUGGUUUAAAGUGGGAAAGAAAUGGGAGAGUACACACUGGCUGCAUGUACCCUUCUAUCCCUUUCUCUUUGGACUACAUUGGCUGGAUUGCUUUCCUGCUCUCUUCCAGUAAGCAAGAGCAUGGCCAUUUAAGGGAAUUUGGGGGGUUUAUAUGUUUCACAAAGGGCUACAGAAUACCACCUUGUUCUCCAUCCAGGAUAACAUGCAUGACUUCCACACAGCUAUAUAAAAUCCAUAUUGAACAGAUAAAGCAGAUAUUAUUCAAUGCAGAUAUUGUGGAUUAUCCACCUUGACAUUCUCGGUUAUAUGUCUGUAUGGAAGUGCCAAUAGUCACACUUCACUUCUGCUUAUGUCACUCAGAGGGUUCUGGCCAAUAUCACAUGGUUUCAUUCCUUUUAUUUCCAUGUAUUGCUGCCUUCUCUUGUAAUGUGCAGGAGAGGUAGCACUUGGAGUCAGUCUUUAUCUUUGAUGUUGUUGGCUUUGGCCAGUUAUCUUCACCUCACUCAGGCUGUCUUAACAAGUGCCAAUACUGAUGCCUCAUUCAUUCAAGUAGGUAUUUCCUAGCUUACCUAUACCAUACAUAAACAAGUUAUUCUGUGAGGUGAGAUUCUAAUCUAGGAAAGCUCUCUUGACUGGAGGCAUGCAUGGAAUUGGCAUGAAGAAAUUAUACUGGGUCUAUUUGUUUUCAUUUUUCAUUGCAAAUUAUAUCUAAAUAUGCUUCAGAUCUGAUCGUUGGGUACAACAUUUUUUGAAAAUGACAAAGUUGACUGUCCUAUGAGGGUUCAUGAUAAAACAAGACUUCCAUCUAAAUUGUACUGCGGCACAAUUGGAGUACUUUCCUUCCACAAUCAGGUGUGUGUUUGGGGACACCUUAAUGUUUUUUUUUUAUUCCUAGUGCUUCAUUUCUCUGUUAAACAUCACCUAAUCCUCUGUAGUCUAACUUUUUUUCCUUAGCAUAACUUUCAUGUCUGGGCAACAAAACCCAACAACAGACUAGACACUGGAUUGAAUAAUUUUGAGAAAAAUAUGCUGCAAACAAAGGCAUUGGGGCUUGUGUGCACCUGUUGUUCAUCACAACUUCAGCAAGACCCAGAUGUUCAAAAUCCCGAGUUCAUGCUACAUGAGAUGCUACUGAAGGGACCCAUGCCAGUCCCAAGUGUCAUGUUAGCAUUCAGACUGUCUUACUGGUAUUUAACUGCAUGGUCUAACAUGUGUUUACCCAGUUUGGAUGUAUUGUGUGUGUAGUGCUAUUGCACAGGCGAUAAAAUUGACAGUGCACUAUCACACAUUGUCAUUAUUGGUGUUCAUAUCAGCAUGUCACAGGUGCCUGCUGGCAGCUGCUACCUUGCAGACAAAGUUUCUUAUCUCAAACUGUGACACGGUAAGCUGCACUUAAUUCCCUCGCCCAAGUCGCUAUAGUCCUAGAAAAGAGUUGUUUUAAAGCAAAAACCUCAUACCUUCUUUCCCCUCUGUUCCGAUUAUUAACUUUAUUGACUGAUGCCCACUUAUCACAUAUAGGUGGUCAAAUGCUUUCCACCACCUCUGUCUUUCAAAUAUUGGGCAUGAUGGGAGGGAUGCAUCUUUUACGCUCCUCUGCAUUAGCUUGAACUUACAUUGGUACACCUAUAAUGUUUACUGCCUGCCUAGCCUCUGGAUUUGUAUGCAGGUGCUCACUUGUUGUGCAGAUGGAAGACACUUAAUAUGGAAUCAGUGUUAUGAAGCACUCUAUUUAUGGAAACUUGGGCUCUUGCCUGUAUGAGGGGCAUUACCAAUUAUUUUAUUGUUAUUCUGUAACAAAACUCUGUUAUUCUGUAUUUGUGUACAGAAAAUCACUUUACUUCCUUCAGCAACAGUUACAACUCUUCUGUGUAGGAAUGUUCCACUGCUUUUAUCUCUCCUUAUUUUUUAAAAUCUCUUCUGCUGGGGUACGUUGGAGUCAGGCGUUUACCAGUAGACUCCUGCUUCUUGAUGGUUUCAUUAAGAGUCUUCUUCCCUUUGCAGGAGAAAAGUAUCCACCCUAUGCCUCUGAUCCUUCAGUCCUCUGAUUCCCAAUCAUGGAUUCCACAAAAGCCUUUUCACACAACUAUUGGAAAGGCAAGUCCAUGUGCUGUUGCCACUUGCGACACCAUUCAUUCCCCCUUUUCCAGGAAUGCUAUGUGUUGGAUCCCUGCUCUGAUUCACCCCAGCAUGAAGGCUCUAGGGAACUCUGAGCACUCUACAUGUGCCAUUCUUAUGUGACUUUUUUUACCUAUGUAUGAAAGAUAUGAACUAAUAUUGCUGUAAAGAAAGAUACAAAUUAUUAUAACAUAUUAUAUAAAUAUAUAUGUAUAUAACCGU